AUGGGGCAGGAUGAAGAGGACGAUAAGUUCAAGCGCUCCUCUGGCUCGGCUGGUCCCGUCGACAGCAUGCCCGCCUCGAGCUCCGCGCAGCCGUUCCCCUUCGCGAAGUCGAUGCUCGGCGUGAUCGAUGAAGCCGACGAGGCCGAGGUCGAUGAUCUGGUCGUGGCGACUGGCGACUUCGACCCGCGCGACGUCAGGGGGGACUGGCCAGUGAUCUACCCGUUCACGAAGAACGACGCCGACUUCAAGCUCAGGCUGAGGCGCAGGGAGUCCGAGAAGAUCACGGUGGUCGACCUCAAGCAGGGCCAGGGCGCCUUCGCGCAGCUCGUGCAGCUGUCCGACAACGCCAUGAAGGACAGGUGCCAGCUCUACGGGUGCGAGAACCCGAAGGCAGCCUCCAUGAAGAUCCUCCAGUGGUCCUUCGAGAUCUUCUGCAGCCAGAAGGCCACCGAGAAGAUCAUGGCGACGAAGAUCAAGAACGACCAGCUGGUCCUGCUGGCGAACACCGACUCGCAGCUGCCGAGGUGA